AUGACAGACGCCCCAAAUGGCGUGGGCGAUCAGUACACGAGCAGGGAACAGACGGGCAACGGAAUCGACAAUACCCCAUCCAACAUGCAAACGGAUGACCGGGAGCCAUCGGGGCAGACUGACGAGCUCGCCUACGCGAAGCGGCGGGGGUUGCUGCCCACAGGGGUCUGCUACGACGACAGGAUGAAGCUUCACGCGAAUGCCGACUUCGGUCCGUCGCCUCACCAUCCCGAGGAUCCAAGGAGAAUCGAAGAGAUCUUCAACACGUUCAAGAAGGCCGGGCUCGUCUACACGGGACCGGACUCCAAGCUGCUCGAUAUACUGAGAGACACGCCGACGAAAUACAUGUGGAGGAUACCCGCCCGCGACGUCACAAAGCAGGAGGUCUGCCUGGUACACACGCCAGGCCAUUUCGACUGGGUCCAGGAGCUGUCGGAAAAGUCCACGAAAGAGCUACGCAUAAUGAGCCACACACUGGACAUGGGCCGAACGUCGCUGUACGUAGGCGCCAUGUCCUAUGAGGCUGCGCUCUUGUCCGCCGGCGGCUGCGUCGAGACUUGCAAAGAAGUGGCGGGCGGGUCUGUUAAGAACGCGUUUGCCAUCAUCAGACCACCAGGCCACCACGCCGAGUUCGACCAUCCCAUGGGGUUCUGUCUGUUCAACAAUGUUCCCAUAGGGGCCAAAGUCUGCCAGCAGGAGUUUCCUGACACAUGCCGCAAGGUUCUCAUUCUUGACUGGGACGUGCACCAUGGCAAUGGCAUCCAGAACAUGUUCUACACAGACCCGAACAUCCUCUACAUAUCAAUACAUGUGUACAUGAAUGGCGAGUUUUAUCCCGGCAAACCAGAGCUCGACAUCACGCCGGACGGAGACCUAGACAAGGUCGGUGAGGGCCCUGGUAUGGGCAAGAACGUCAACAUUCCCUGGGCGGAUCAAGGCAUGGGCGACGGCGAGUACCUGGCUGCGUUCCAGAAGAUUGUCAUGCCCAUUGCGCAAGAGUUCAACCCGGACCUCGUCAUCAUCUCGGCUGGUUUUGAUGCUGCCGACGGCGAUGAGCUGGGUGGGUGUUUCGUGACGCCUCCGUGCUACGCACACAUGACGCACAUGCUCAUGUCGCUGGCCGGAGGAAGAGUCGCAGUUUGCCUUGAAGGCGGCUACAACCUUCGCGCCAUAUCAAAUUCUGCUCUUGCAGUCGCCAAGACCCUAAUGGGAGAGCCGCCGCCUCAGAUGAACAUGCCACCCAUCAACAAGGAUGCUGCGAGGGUGCUAGCCAGAGUGCAGGCUGCACAAGCACCUUACUGGGAAUGCAUGAGACCUGGCAUCAUCGACAACCAAGAAAUCACCGGAAAUGCCACUCGAUUGCACGACGUUGUGCGAGGCUACCAGAGACAACGGUUGUCGGAAAGACACGGCAUGGUUCCGCUGUACAUUCAGCGAGCCGUGCUCUACAAGUCGUUCGAGAAUCAAGUCCUCGUGACCCCGGGAUUCCAAGUACAAAAGCGGCUUCUCCUGAUCAUACAUGAUCCGCCGGAACUUGUUGCCAUGCCAGACGUCAUUGAUAACACUGUUGACGCGCAUAACGCAUUUGCGCUCGAUGGCGUGGCUUCAUAUGUGGACUGGGCUCGCCAGAACGACUUUGGCGUUAUUGACUGCAACAUCCCUCCGUACAUCACACACUCUGAAGACGACGCCUUCGUGCCUCGUGCCACAGAGAAGACCCUGCAGGAGCAGAUCCAAGAACUCGUGUGCUACAUCUGGGACAAUUAUUUGCAGCUUUCAGAGGCUGAAGAUCUGGUCGUGCUGGGUGUCGGUAAUGCCUAUCUUGGCGUCAAGAUCCUCCUGACUAAUCGAAUCUGCAAGGAUCGCAUCUCUGGCGUCGUCAACUUUGUCACUGGGAACUUGCGCCCUGUCAAGUCUGAGACGGACCCCGAUCUCUCGAAUUGGUACAAGAAGAAUUCCCUGGUCUUUGUCGCGAAUGAUCACGCCUGCUGGAGCAAUGCAGAGCUGGUCAAGAAGGUCGGCCGGAGAAGAUUUGGCGGCGUGAGGAGGAGUCCGCAGAACGGACUCAAUCGCAUGAUGGAGGCGCACAUGGACGAGAUGGGGGAGUGGGUCAAGGAGCGGCUCACGCCGGAGAGCGCUGAUGCUACCGAGGAGGAUGCAUGA